UUAUUCUCUUAACUUGGUCACUAUUCUCUGAUCACAGAAGUGAUGGCUUCAAUUCGUAAUUGCUUUAUUCUUCUGUCGCUGAAUUUACUCUACCUAAACCAUAUACAGUCUUUAUCAUGUUCAAAAAAACUCGAUGCUAAACAAUCAAUUGAAAACUGCGAUCAAAGUUUGAACAUUACUAAGUUGAGGUUUCUACAAAGAACCAAUCCAUUUGAUUUAUUAAACCCGAAAUUGCAAAAGACGUCGAAACCCGAAUCCAUAAAUAAAUCGAAAAAUGAUACACAAUCAUGCAAUUCGGGCCUCAGUGGAUCUUCUUGUCGUGAUGAACGUAAAGUUGAAUCAGGUCGGUUUUAUUCUGAUGCUAAUAUUGCUGAUGGUAAAUCUAAUGGCAAGUGUGGUGGUGUUUUGAAUUCACCAAACGGAAUUGUGACCUCGCCGAAUUAUCCUAAUCCAUUCAAUGUUCCUGGUGAAUGUCUUUGGAAGAUUAAAACAUCAGAUGGAUCUCGUUUGGUUGUUAAUCUAACUGAUUUGGAAUUAGAUUCUUCUCUUAAUUGUACUCAAAAUGUGUUAAUCAUUUACGAUGGACCAACUGAUCAAGACUCUCAACUAUUAGUUGCUUGCAAUCAGAAACAGCUUGAUAAUAAUUUAAUUACUUCAAGAGGCAACGAGUUGACAAUCAAGUUGAUCACAAAUGAAUCAACAAGUUAUGUCAAAGGUUUUAAAUUUUCUUAUCAAACUGAUUGUAAUAAUUUCAUCGAAGGUAUCAGUGGAUCGAUAGAGAGUCCAAUCAACCAGAGCUCAAAGAGUCUUAAUUGCUCUUGGACAAUUAAUGUACCAAAAGGAAACAAUAUAAGUUUGGUUAUUGAAAAGUUUAAAUCAGUUGAUUCAUCAUGUUCAUCAAGUUACUUAUCAUUUAUUGGUAAUCAAUCAACUAAAACAUUCUGUCAAUCAGUUGAUUACACAGAUUUCGGUCCAAUUUUAAUCACUGAAAAUCAAGUACAGGUUAACUUUGUUAAUCUUAAUCCUGAUAAUCAAUCAUAUUUCCGAUUAGAGUGGAAACUAGUUGGAUGUGGAGGUGACAUUCAUGAAAGUGAAGGUGAAUUGUUCUCUCCAAAUUAUCCAGAUUCUUAUCCAAAUGGACUUAAUUGUCUGUGGACUAUUCAUGGUAAACCAAGUGAUAUCAUCAAAAUCUUCAUAAAUGAAUAUCAUAUUGAGGAAGGUGACUCAUUGCAGAUAUUUGAUGGACCGAGCACAAGGUCACAUCGCCUUGUUUACUUAGCUGGUCGUCUCCUAAAGAGAUUGAAAAUCACGUCAAUCAGAAAUCAAGUUACGAUAUUUUUUCAAGUCGAUGAUAUGUUCAAUGGAAAAGGACUUAGAUUAUUUUUUUCGACUACAACAAAUGACUGUCAUAUUAUCUAUCCGUCAACUGAGAGUUCAAUUUCAUCACCUAGUUAUCCGAAUCGAUUUUCUGGACCGAUCAAUUGUAAUUGGUAUCCACAAGACGAUUUCAGGAAUACAUUCAUCCAAAUUACGUUUGAAGAUCUCGAUAUACCCUGGUCAGUCAAUUGUACUGAACACUAUGUGAGUCUUUUGAAUAUGCGAGGUUUGGAACUUGAUCGAUUCUGUGGUAACUCAUUAUCAAAUACUUCAUUUAGAUCUAUUUUCGAUAAUGCAAUAAAAAUUGUAUACUUUUCAAAAAGCUGGCACAAAGGACGAGGUUUUAAGGCCAAUAUUCAGCCAAUCUGGCACUCAAAAGAGUACAUUUAUGGUUCUUUAACGGAACUGAGUCAUUCUGCUCAUCAACCGAAAUCAGAAAAUGAUGAAAACUUUUUGUGUAUCUAUGACUUUGUUUCCAUUGGCUCGUUCAACAAGAGCCUUUUAACGUUUGUCGAUUUUGCUAUAAAAUCGCAAUCUGGAAGUUACAUAGAGUUGAAAGACGAAGGCUCGAAUUAUCCAACAAGAACCAUUCGAUACAAUAGCUCUUCUUCUGUGUUACCAUCUCACAUUUUAGGUAAAUCAUUUAAGGUCUCUGUUAGAGGUCAUGUUUUGUUCAAAGUUUUGUACUCUCAGUAUGUUGAUUCAUGUUCAUAUGAACUAAACAGUUGGGAAGGAACAUUUAGUUCACCAGAAUAUCCAAACGAUUAUCCUCCUUCUAGAACUUGUGUUUGGAAAAUUAAUCUUGCUCCAGGUAAUUUUAUCUCAUUGAAGUUUCAUUCAUUUGAUAUUCAAUAUGAUCAAUUCUGUGCUUUGGAUCAUUUGGAGAUUCGAGAAGAAAAUGAAUCAGGUAAACUCAUUGGACGAUUUUGUGGAUCAAAUUUACCUCAAUUAAACUCGACUCAAUAUUAUCCAAGUUUAUGGAUUAGAUUUAAAUCUCAUGCUAAUGGUUCAGCUUCUGGAUUCAAAGCUUCAUACAAAACAAUCAAAGAUGUGAAAAUUAACUCUUAUUCUGGUAAAAUUGGAUCAUUUGCUUAUCCGAGAUUAUUUUCAUCGGAAAACAAUCAAAGUUGGAUAAUUAAGACCAGUAACUUUAAUAAGAUUAAGUUUAAAUUGGAAUCAAUUGAUAUUCUUGAUGAUUCGUUCGACAGCUCAUGUACUAAUUCAAGUGUCACAAUUUAUGAUGGUCCAUCAGUGAACAGCUCGAUUCUCGGUCAGUUUUGUGGUUAUCGUACUGGUGACCUUCCAAUUUAUACAACUUCUUCAAUCGCAUAUGUACAUUUCAAGCCGAACUUUUACAUUUCUAGGUUCUUGUUGAGCUGGACAUCGUUCCAAAGUGACAUUGCACCUCCACUUAUUGCUGAUUUUAAUCACCCAUGUAAAUACACUGCGAAUCUUAAAAUGAACCAAAAUACAUCGUUACUUUCAAGUUUUUAUCCAGAUGGUGUCAAUUGUAGUUGGACCAUUUCAAGUCCCAUUGGAACUCAAUUACAAGUCGAAAUUAAUGAGAUGGACGUUAAGUCCUCGUCACAUGAAAAUUGUACUAAUAAGAACGGAGUCUCUUUUUAUGAUUAUAGUUUCGACCAUCAAAAAGCUUGGAAAAUCAAUAGAAUAGUCUGCGAUUCAAAAGAUAAAUUGUUCACUCUCCAGGGCAAUCAAUCGUUGAUCACAUUCUUCAACUAUAGCGGCUCAUCAACCAACCUAAAAGGGUUCAACAUAACAGUGAGACCGAUUUGUGGUGGUACAUUUUAUGGACCAACGGGUAAUAUUGAUUCAUCUUUACUUGCACCAUUCGAAACUUGUUCAUGGGCAAUCAUUGUACCAAAAGGUCAACGAGUUGAAAUUAAAUUCAAAUCUUUUAACUUGGGUUCGUAUGACGACCAUUGUUCUAAUGGUUAUUUAAGUAUUCGCAAUGAUGACUCACCUAACUCUCGAUUCAUUGGACACUAUUGUGGGUCUAACUUACCUAAGAAAAUAAUAUCAGCUUCAAAUCAACUUUUCAUAUCUACUUAUGUUCCUGCAUCAGAACAAUUUGAAUUUUCUUUGACUUAUCGACAAGUCUCAACUCCUUGUGAAUUUUAUGUCGAACUAAACCAAUCAAGUCCAUCGGCUAUACUUCAGCUCCCUGGAUACCCUCACCCUCCUGUCGAAUAUUCUGAGUGUGAUUGGGUCAUUAAAGCUCCAAUCAACAGAGUUAUUAGAAUUGAUUUCGAAAUACCAGAUCACGAUGUUGGAUGCAAUUUAAAUACGACUCAUAUUGAUAUUCACGAUGGUUCUACUCAAGUUGCUCCUAAACUUGGUCGAUUCUGUCCAAUAGCUCGAACAACAAGUGUCAUUUCAUCAGAUAAUCGGAUGUUCAUUCACUUUCUUUCUAAAGGAGGGACUGGUUCUAGUUCGUUCAAGGCAACAGUAAAUCUUCAUAUUUGCGGUGGUAAUUUUGUUGUCAAUGGGACAACUGGAAUCCAAAGCUCGUCUUAUCCCAAGCAUUAUGCAGCUAACAUGAUCUGCAAUUACAGCAUUUAUUCAGCAAAAAUGUCUGAGAUGUUGACUUAUCGACUAGUUACUAUUGAUCUACCUUCAAAUGAGAAUUGUAGCUCAGGUGACUAUUUGGCAAUCCACGAAUACGGUCCAUCAGGCCAACUACUCAAUAAAGUUUGCGGGACUAAAGAUUUCGAGUACAGAUUUUCAAAAACUUGGAUCAAUUCUCUAUUUAUGGUCUUCAAGUCAGAUUCAGCGACUUUCGGCAAAGGUUUCAGGAUUUGGUUUCGGUACGAUCAAGAUGAUGCUCAUGAUCAUGACAUAAUCUUGGGUGAACCAAAAACAAUCAAGUCUCCUCGAUAUCCUGAUAAAUAUCCUGUUGGGCGAAACAUUACUUAUUCACUAACUGGACCAAUUGAUACUCGAAUUACUCUCAACUUCACUCAAUAUAAUCUCAAAUCAGCUGAUAAUUUAUGUCUCGAUAAAAUCAUAAUUUAUCAUCAUCCAGAUCUAAUGCUGAGAUCUACGUUAAUCCCCAAACUUGAAAUGACUCCGAAUCAUAUUAAUCUUCCCUGUGAUUCAAAUUCCACUAACUUGGUGAUUCAAUCUCCAAAUAAUAGAUUAAUCGUUUAUUUCGAGACUUCUUCGGGUCUGGAUGCUGGCCAAGGAUUUCAAGCAAAGGUCGAAAGUGAUCAACCAACAGAAUGUGGUGGUUUUAUUGAUUGGAGAUCGAGGUCAAUUAUCUCGACCAAUUUCUCACAGUCCAUUCAUGAGAACUCUCGGAUUUCAUGCGCUUGGCAAAUUCUAACUGGAGUUCGUGAUGGAAAAUCCGCCUACAAUCAGCUUGGUUUAGUUUCUGGACUUUUUACACCUUGGAUAUCAUUUGAAACAAUUGAGGUCUUGGGAUCAGUUGAAAAUGAUUCACUUUGCUCUGAUGGCAGGAUAACGAUAGCAUUUCACGAAGUUUGGGGUAGAGAUUCGGUAUUUAUGGACAAAUACAAGAAAAUAUUUUGUGGAAAAAGUUCGAAUAUGAUAGUGGUUUCUCCCUUUUCGAGUAUAUUUCCAAAUCUCAUAAGCGCUAGUUUUAAUCGGACGCACGGUUAUCGUGGUUUAAAAGCGACUUACCACAUGAGUCAAUGUGGUUACACCAUCGAUGAUGUUAAUGGGACUAUAAAAACACCGGGUUGGCCGUUCGCUAAUUAUCCAGUUGAUACCGUUUGCCUUUGGACCAUUUUCAAUGAAGCAUAUGAAAUAAAUGAUCAACAUGUACAAAUCGAGUUUGAAACAUUUGAACUCGAAGUCGAUUGUUCAAAAGAUUAUGUGGAAAUUUAUGAAAUAAGUGAUUAUAAAAUGACUGAAAUUGGUCGUUAUUGUGGUAAGAAUAAGCCUCCACUUAUCCGUGCUUAUAGAAAUCGAGUUUCAAUCGUAUUCAGAAGUGAUGGAGAUACAACGAGUAAAGGUUUUUUGUUGAAGUUCAAAAUGGUAAAAAGUACUUGUGGUGAAUUCAGGACUAAUAUUGUGAAUAGAUUUGUUAAAAUCCCCUUUUCUUACAAGGCUAAUCAAUAUUGUGAAUCGUUAUUAGAGGUUGACCCCCCGUAUCGACUUAAUUUGACUUUUGUCAAUCGAUUCGAUAUUGAAGAUUCGGUUGAUUGUUCUAAAGAUUAUCUCGAUAUCAAUGAAUGGAGAAACAACUCUUGGCAUCAUUUCGGUCGAUACUGUGGAUACAAUUCACCAGGAUCGAUCAUCUUCAAGGAGAAUAGAGGUCAACUUAUAUUCCAUUCAGACGGAGAUGAUCGUCGGGGAGAUGGAUUCGAUUAUAUUGUUACAAAAUAUUGUCGAAUGACAAUUGAUAAAAGAGGAAAUGGAACUAUCGAAAGUCCUGAUUAUCCAAAUUACUACGGUAUCAAUUAUUGUGAAUGGACUUUUAAGGGAGAAGAACCAAAUGAUACGAUCCAUGUGCAUUUUAAGCAUUUCGACUUGAAUAUUUAUGAGCCAUGUGAGAACAAUUAUCUCGAAGUUAUCAAGAUAAACCGAUUCACAGGAGAAGAUGAGUUUCAAAGAUAUUGUCCUGAUGAUCAACUCAAAGAUAUAUUAAUAAUUUCUCAAGGAAAUCUAAGGAUUAUUUCAAAUUCAAAAAAGUUUACUUCUUCAUCAGGAUUCACUUUCGAUUAUCGAAUCCUUUAUUCUAACAAAUUACCCAGUUAACAAGUCUCAGUCAUUGUACAAAUUUAUCCUUUAUAGAUUCUUUUGUCGUAUUGGAAUCGAUGACAUUCUAUUGUUCGUUUAUCAUUUGACGUAAAUA